CGACGCCCGUCCCGGACUGUGAGCCGGGCGCACGCGCAGUCUCGCUCCCGGAAGUGUCCCGUUCCCAGGGAGCAGGAAGCGAGCAAGCGGGGAGGGCGGCGCAGGCACGGAGUUGCACCCUGCCAUGUCGGCCUUCGACACCAAUCCGUUCGCUGACCCGGUGGACGUGAACCCCUUCCAGGAUCCCUCAGUGACACAGCUGACGCAUGCUAACCAGGGCGGCUUGGAUGAAUUCAAUCCCUUCUCUGAGAACUCCCGGCUGACAAAUGGAGCUCAGACCGUUCCAGCGACGCAGCCUGCUGGCCCUUCGCAACCCGCUGUCCUACAGCCAUCUGUGGAACCCACUCCACAGGCUGUAGCCUCAGCAGCCCAGGCUGGACUCCUUCAGCAGCAGGAAGAGCUGGAGAGGAAAGCAGCGGAGCUGGAGAGGAAGGAGCGAGAGUUGCAGAAUAAUGCAGCAGCCUUUAACCCGAGACAGAACAAUUGGCCACGCUUUCCCAAGAAGUGUCCCAUCAAGCCGUGUUUCUAUCAGGACUUCUCUGCAGACAUCCCAGCUGAUUACCAGCGAAUAUGCAAGAUGCUGUAUUAUUUGUGGAUGUUUCACUCAGUUACCCUGCUUCUAAACCUGCUUGCUUGCCUGGCAUGGUUCACCGACAAAACAGAAAGAGGAGUAGACUUUGGUCUCUCGAUUCUGUGGUUUAUUUUGUUCACCCCUUGUGCUUUCCUCUGUUGGUAUCGACCCAUCUACAAGGCUUUCAGGUCUGACAGCUCCUUCAGCUUCUUUGUGUUCUUCUUUGUCUUUUUCUGCCAAAUUGCAAUCUACAUCAUCCAGGCAGUCGGCAUUCCUGGCUGGGGGGACAGUGGUUGGAUUGCAGCUCUGGACGAGACACGAGGAAACUGGGCUGUGUCCAUAAUCAUGAUGGUGGUGGCCGCAUUCUUCACACUGUGUGCUGUCCUCUCACUCUUCCUCCUAAAGCGGGUGCACUCUCUGUAUCGCCGGACAGGAGCCAGUUUCCAAAGGGCCCAGGAAGAGUUCUCCCAAGGCAUCCUCACCAACAGGAACUUCCAGAAUGCAGCGGCAGGGGCGGCUGCUUCAGCUGCACAGGGUGCUUUCCGGGGAAACUAGCCCUUCCCAUGGGUGCCACCACCGUGCCCCCUUCCCGUUCCUUUUUCAUCACAACCUGAUCUUAAGAUGCACUUUCCACAGUCACCGUGCUAACUCCAUGACGCCGGCUGCGGAGAUGAGAAGAGGUCUUUGUAGCUUCAGCUUGUCUGCCUCUCUGGCAACUAGUUCUUCCCUUGCUCUGGGGUGGGAGGCUAGGGAAAUAUUCUCUUAAAUCAAAUAUAGCUCUCCUUAUCCAGGACAGCUUUGACAUUUUUACUACUUUUCCUGCUUGCCCGUGCUCCUGUGAUAGAGGGAGGAAUCUCAUCACUUUUUAGCAACUCUUCCAUUGGGUUUUGCGUUGAAGGAUUUAUUUUGUAACUUACAUGAGGUGGGUAUUAAUAAGGGCGGAAGCUGCCCUUUGUUUGAAACAUCUGUGCUAAUUAGUUCUUGACCUCUUACUGCCUGGCUCCCGUGGGGUCUGGUUAACAUUUGGCAUAAAGGGUGCUGUUGGGAAACUGCCCUUUGCCAUCCCAUCAUGGUGCAGAUCUCCCGCCCGCUUCUGUUGUUUCUCACCUUGGGGUGAGGGUCCUACCCAAGAUUGUAUUAUGGAAUCUUAUUCCUGUAGGAGAUGCAUGGAGGGUUAAUUAAUGGAGUGCAGCCUUCACCAUAGCCUUAAAUCUUGUGUGGGGGGGGGGAGGGGGGGGGAAUAAUCUCUGUACCUCACCAGCCACUGUAGCAGCCUUUGAGAGACCAGCGGCUUCAUGGGGAACUCUGCAGGGUUGGGUAUGUGUCCCAUGGGGUUUAGGACAUGGGGGGUGGGUGGGGUGUAAUUGAGCCAGCAAACCAGUUUUGAGAGGAAGUGCUCGAGAUUUUAUACAGCUUGCUCAGCCCCUGGGGAGUGGGGUGCCAGGUUCAGAACACUACAUAUACCUGAAGCUGGCCCUUCCUCUUCCCUGCCAGCUUGCUCUCCACAUUUGAGAGGAUCAUCCCACAGAGCUUUGGGAUUCCAGGAGGAAUUCAUAGGUUUCUCAAGAGAGAGGAGUCUUGGUUGCAGCAUGUUCCUUUUUGAAACCCAUGUCUGUGCAAAACCCUCUCGGUGGCUCAUGCGUCCAGCAACACCCCCUUAUCUGGAUUGCAUGCUCCUGCUCAGAAGAUAACCACCCCCCUACUCUGCCUCCCUUAAGAUCGCACCUCUCUUUUGCUGAGGAUUGUGUGUUGCUGGAUUUUGAGUCCAUUUGUCUGGUUUUUGGUGACAAGAGUUUUCUGUGUUUGACCUUGAGCAACUGGUUAGUUCCUGAGGUGCACUCCUAAGAGCCCUUGAGACGGGGCGGGGGCACGGAGAAUCUGCGCUUUCUUUAGAUUUGUGACUUUUGCAGUGAAAAAAGUACCCACUCUUCACCAUCUGCUUUCUCUCCUCCCCAUUUUGUUGGGUGUUGAAUCUUUAGUAUCCUGGUCUCACAAGCCCCUUUUCUAACAGGAAAAAGUGUGAGGAGGGUCAUGUCUCCACCAGCAGGUUGAAAAGGGAUUAGGAGGGAGAAAGCAGGAACGCUCCUGUGCACUGAAGAAAUCCAGGAUCUCUGGGAAAGGGGGCAAACGCCCUGAAAAUAUUGGUGUGAUCAUGUACAAAUUGCUUAUAACAGAUUGCGGCAUCGGUGUGGCUAUGCAAUGCGGAAACUCCUCCCCAGACUCAGCUUUGAUGCUGCUCUCUUCAGAGGCUACAGAAACUCUUCCGGGCUUGCUGAGUGCAUCUGGCAGCUCCUAGUCUGAAGUGUGUUCGAAGUCAUUAUUCAGUCAGUCUAGAAAGGAGAAAAACACCAGCCUCCAGCACCCUGAGAUGUUUGCUCCCUUCUGUCGCUGUCAUUGGUGCCCGUGACACCUGGUCUGUUGAGAAUUUUGCCCUUUCUGCAGAGGGAUUGAGUGGAGUUGGGGCAGAAGGGGGCAGUCUACUGUGGAAUUGGGACCCUUGGGGGUUUGCUUACAUCCAUAUUUGAUCUGGUUAACCAAUCAAAACAUAGUUAAUUAAUCUCUAUUAGAUUAGGGCCAAGUCCGUUUGGUUUGUGGGCUCUGAGGAAGAUGAAGGGCAGGGGAAAAACUGGGAGAAGCACAGUGCUUGAUACCUUCAUGUGAACAAAGGAGGGGUUAGUUUCCACGAUGUGUGUGAUAUGGAAAUAGUAACUGGGUUGUCAUUAACCAGCCCCCUUCCAGCGUAAUGGCAGACCAGGUCUGUUUGAGCUGAUCCAGUGCACCUGGUGAGGUUUCCUCUAGCCUCUCACUCUUUUGAAUGUACAUGACAAUGGAAAAAUUAGACUUUAAAAUCCCCCCUUUCUGAUGUAUUUCCCUCUCUAAUCUUUUCAUGUAAAAAUGUAUAUGUCAAGUCACACUUUUGUGCUUAAAUAAAAAACAAAAAAAACCUAACCCCUCAACCUUU